AGAAAUGGUCAAGAAUUGAUCUCAAGAAGAAGCAGCAAGGAUGUCUCCCUCCUGGAGCUGAGAGAUAGGUUGGCAGAGUUUGCUGCAGUUAGAGGAUGGGAAAAAUACCACAGCCCCAGAAAUCUCCUCUUAGCAUUGGUGGGGGAGGUGGGAGAGCUAUCGGAGAUAUUCCAGUGGAAAGGGGAAGUGGAGAGAGGGCUCCCCAACUGGAGCUCCAACGACAAGGAACACUUGGAGGAAGAGCUGUCGGACGUGUUGCUCUAUCUGGUCCAACUGGCCGAUGUUUGCGGGCUUGACCUCGGCCAAGCUGCUCUCUCCAAACUCAUCAAGAAUGCUCGCAAGUACCCUGUCGUCAAACCCUAAUCAAUCAGCUUUUCCAUAGGCAAUAAGAGAGGGAGAGAGAACGAGAGCUUCUUUUUUUGUCGCCUUUUAUGUGAACUCCGAGUGUGAUAUCUAGUCGGGUUCAUCUGAACUGUCGAAUGGUUUAUAAUGCUGAAUUCGAUGAAAAUCGUAUUGAAUCUUGUAGGCUUCACCAAAGUCCGAUGGAAUAGGGUGUGCGCGCGCGCAACAAGAACAUGCAAUGAUGUCGCUAUUGGGUUGGGGACAAGUAAUUUUAUACUUGUGUUCAUCGCAUAGAUGAAGUGAUGAUUCUCAUGUGGAGUCCUGGACUCUGAGAGGGUCAAACAUUUAAUGAAUGCAGCACUAGUUCCUGUUAUCGUGA